CCAGCACUACAUCAACAAGUGCCAACACAGCCGAUAGUAUCGACUGUUGCUUACACAAGAAGUUUGCCGUCAAAUAGUUCUAUAAAUAUAAAUUCAAGUGGGUCUAUAGAACACGUGAUCUCACUACUACAGGAAGUAGUAUCAGUUGUAAAGAACAAUAAUGAUGAUAAUAAUCAUUUACACCCUGUAGAUAAUAGGAACUAUAAAAAAAAGAAUGUUCGUGAGCCUACUUGCUUUGCUUGUCAGCAGCCAGAACAUUUUGCUAGAAAUUGUCUGAAUAUGACCCAACAAUUAAAUGAAG